CUCUGUUAUUUAUUUUUUAUUUCAUUUGUAAAGACUGUUAUGCAUGACUAGUUUACAUCAAAAAAUGAAUUCUAUACAAGUCCUACUAUACAUAGAAAGAAAUUGGAUAUUAUUUUUAUUUGACAUUUUAAAAAUAUUUAUUGAAUUUAUUAAUUGAUUUGAUUCAAGAUUAUAAACGUCUAUUAAAUGUAUCACCCCUCCCUAAUGACACCUCCUUAUUUAAUCAAAAGAAAGAGAACUAACUUGUCUGGAAACUAAUAAUCAAAAUAGUUCUUUUAUUUCUCUUUUAUUUCUUUGCCUACAGAAUGUGGUUGUAAAAUGACAAAGUUCAUUGAUUUAAGGAGAUCUACUGUCCUCUGCUAAAGCAACAUGCGCCAAAUUAAGGGGUCAUGCUAAGUCAUUUGCAAAUAUCCUCUAUUGGAACAUGGUACAUUUUCAUUGCUUUGUAUGUGGCUUUUUAAACCCAAGCCAGUAAAGUUCUUUUAAGGGUGACAGAUGUGCAAAUAUAUAUGAAUAUAUAUAUAAAUAACUUUGGAUAAAACAAUGAUGAUUUUUUAGAGAUUUAAACUUCAAACAAGUCUGUGAUUGAAUACACAGCGGUUAGACAAAUAUUUUGAAAGCCCUGGUCAUUCUAACUCAAGCUGCAAUGUCUGAGCGAAUGAGACACGGGCGCAAUGAGGAGCAGGAUCAGACUGGACUCCUAUCUCAGGCUAUCGAUGACCACUCGGAGGAAUCACACGCUCACUCCAACAACGGAGCACUCCUCACGUCCAUGGAGCACAGUACGAAUGGAGUGAUUGCACAUCGAGACGAGGGGGACCUGAACAGCGUUCUCUUGAGCAGCACCAGGAGUCGUAAGGAAUACGUGGUUUACACAGAGAGGUGGUUCAUCCUGGCUGUAUUCUCUCUCUUGGCCCUUGUCCAAUCAUGUGGCUGGAACACUUGGGGACCAAUUGAAAACACUGCCAGUGUAGUCUUGGGAUGGAAGCAUAGUACCUUUGCCCUUCUUGCCAACUGGGGUGCUAUUGUGUUUUCCCUCACUGUAUUCUUCUUCACCUGGUUGCUCCAUACCAAAGGUCUUCGUGUAUCUGUGUUGAUCGCAGCAGGGGCUUUAGUAUGUGGAAUGGGAAUAAGAUGUCUUCCAGUACCAGUCCAUAGUAUGAUAUGGACGGCUAACAUUGGUCAGGUGAUUAUUGGCCUCUCUGCCCCUGUUCUCAUGGCCGGUGUGACCACCAUCUCUGCUGUAUGGUUUCCUACCAAUGAGAGAACGACCGCCACUGCUAUCUCAUCCACUAUGGCUUACCUAGGUGUCGCAGCAUCAUUCCUCAUUGGACCUCAGGUCGUGUCUGACAUCUUGCCAGUCCAUGCAAAUUCAAGCACAAUCUCCCCUUUUGAUUUGACUGCAGAAGACGACAAUCUUGAAGUUAACCCAGCUGAUUACGACCCAGUAGAAAUUCAGCAUUGCCUCAGACAAAUUAAGCUGCUGCUUUUCAUCGAAUUCAUAUGGACCCUGCUGUUGUUUGUAGUAGCAUUGAUCUACUUUCCAUCGGCACCCAUCUCUCCACCUACUGCAUCAGCCAUUGCCAAGAGAGAAGACCUCAAAGCAGGACUACUAGAAAUUGUCAAAAAGAAACAGUUCUGGAUUCCAGCCCUUAUAUUUGGUAUGACUACAGGGUGUUUCAACAGCUGGAACACACAGCUCGUGGCUAUAUUCGACAACAAAGUCAGUCAGACUGUUUCAAGUUGGAUCGGUUUUUAUUCUAAUUUGGCUGGGGUCUUUGGAGGCAUCAUAUUUGGCACAUUUGUAGAUCGUCUUGGUGGUAAGAUGAAGGCCAUCCUGAUGCUCUUGAUGUGUGGAGCAUGUGGUGGUUUUGUUUGGGUUCUUCUGCUAGCCAAUGGUCUCAUUCCAUUCAGUACAGUGUAUCUGUAUGCUUCAGUCAUCCUGUUUGGGUUCUUCGUCAACUCCAUGGUACCUAUUAUCUUUGAGGUAACGGCAGAGGGUGCUUUCCCCACCGGGGAAGAAACCAGUUGUAUGUUCAUGGCAUGGCUCGCCAACGUUACCGGCUUGGUCUUCCUACUCCUCCCAAUAUUCAUAUCAAAUUCUUCCUUGACUUGGUUGAACUGGGUCAUGCUGGGAGCGCUUGGGAUCAGCGCUGUACUGCUCUUCUUCUACAAGGAGCAUUACGUCAGAAAGGAAUUCGAUGUUACUCAUCACGAUGACGUUGAUGUGGAAGAGGAGUGUGAACAUGACCCACCGAUAAGCACCUAAUGUAUGGGUGCUUAGUAAUGAAAUGACUAGGUGUGUUCAGAUUUGGUGUUUGUGUUAGGAUUAAAGAAUGUACAUUACGCAUGACAAUGAGGAAGAGGAGUAUGAACAUGACCCACUGAUAAGCACCUAAAGUAUGGGUGCUUAGUAAUGAAAUGACUAGGUGUGUUCAGAUUUGGUGUUUGUGUUAGGAUUAAGGAAUGUACAUUGCGCAUGACAAUGACAUUCAGGAAGAGGAGUGUGAGCAUGUCCCACCGAUAAGCAUAUAAACCAGAAGUGCAUGGCAAUAAAAGUAUUAGGUGUGUUCAUGCUUGCGUUGAUAUUUUGAUAGUUUUAGAGGCAUACAAAUUGAUACAACUUAGUUAGAACGUGGUAAAGCAAUUCCCUUCAGUGUGGACCAUUAGCUCUCUUUAAGUUGGUUGUAGUGCUAAAUUUGACACCAGUUCCUCGCCCGAAAACUGGAUGUAAUGUCACAUAAAUUGAUUCAUAGCGUAAUGUAGAGGUACGAAAAGAAGCAUCUGGAAUGCAAAACGUGUAACAAUUCAUGACAUAUGUGGAUGAAAAGGUGUAAUUUGAUGACAAUUGAAGUCAUUUUGGGGCAAUAUUAAGUCUAAUCAAGGUAGUAGAGAUAAUUACUAGCUCUGUGUAGUAAUCUUAUAGGUCUACCUCAGUAGAAUAAAAACAACAUUUCAACAAUUGAGCAUUUUGCGUUCAGGAGGCGUCUUUUUAUGCCACUUUCAUUUCGCUAAGCUUCUUAAAGGUAAUACAAAGUUUUGGUAUGGGGUCAUGAAUUUGGUUCAAAGGAACAUAUUGGAUGCAUAUGCGAUCCUACAAUAUUCAGUGAUCGUUG